GUGUUUAGUCUGCCUUCAAACCCAAUCAAGGGGAAUUCGGCUGACAAGUUUGUCUCUGAGAUCAAUCUAAAUAAAACAGACGAACCAUACAAUUACAAAAAGCUAUUUAUGGCAUAUAAAACUAGCAAUACUGUGGAUUUAAAACAUGUGAACAUGCCGACUUGGAAUAGACUGACAACCAUCGACUUUUAUAAAGUGGGCCUGACACAAGCUGCGGUUCUCGGAUAUAAAAAAUAUGAAAUGACAUUCCAGAAACAUGAAAAGAGAAUAGGUGUGCUGAAGAGCCUAUUUCCAUGCUUCUUGUUGAUUUUUGUUCUUAGAUUGGCCAAUGAACUGACUGACAAGCCCAAUAUUCAGCAUGCUCCCGACUUGGUUGCCCUGACCUGUAGCGCAAUCCUCAACAAAAACGACUUUCCUAUACUUGCCACUUUCUUUCUGCAAACAUUUGUUCUCAAGGGCUUUUCAUUAAACAAAAUCGGGUUUUUAUUGAAAAAAUUUUUCAGAGAAAGAUUUUCCGAAGUAAGUCAACGCUUAAUUUUUGCAUCGGUCUGCUUCAGUGUAAUGUACCAGUACUCCUCAAUAUUUGAGGAGGAUUUUCAGGCACUAAACUACAACAUUAAUGUUCUUAUGACGCCAGGAACCUAUAUUGCCUCAAUCUUUAUUUUUGCUGCGCUGGCUCAUAUUUCCACCUUCUGUUUUGUGGGAUGGAUCUUUAACAUCAGACUCAUGACUCUAAACCUGAUCUGUGCCUUCUUUAUCAAUCUUAUUUGCUUUAGCUUCCUAGGCAAGCGUCUAAGAACAACAUUCAUCGGCUUUUUUAUCUCGACUUGUCUUUUCAGUGCUCUAGUGACGGCAAUGAGGUCUGGUCCGUCAAUCAUCCUCAAAAUGUUCUAUGCUAUUUUUCCAUUACUGAUAUAUUCCCAAGAGCUUAUCGAUGGGGGCUACUCUAUUCCAUCCACACUUUCAUUGGUCUAUGUCCUAUUGUACUGUACUGUCAUCUACAUUAUCACAUGCUAUAGAAUUUCAUUUUACUAG